AUGAUCAAGGAACUCAACUCUUACGUUGCGCUAAGAAAAACGUAUAUGAGUACCCUUGGAAACAAGAAAGUUGAACUAUUUGAUAUGGGAGCUGGAGUCAGUGGCGAACCUACUGCUGAAGAAAACGUUCAAGUGGCUUCAUCUAUGUCAAACCAGGAGCUAGUUGAUGCUGGAAUGAAAAGAAUGGAUGAGACAGACCAAGCCAUUGAGCGCUCAAAACAAGUGGUAGAGCAAACACUCGAAGUUGGAACUCAAACUGCAGCUAAUUUAAAGGGACAGACGGAUCAAAUGGGACGCGUGGUUAACCACUUGGACACGAUUCAGUUCUCUAUCAAGAAGGCUUCCCAGCUAGUGAAAGAGAUUGGAAGACAGGUGGCUACUGAUAAAUGCAUAAUGAUGUUCCUAUUUCUCAUUGUAUGCGGUGUUGUAGCCAUUAUCAUAGUGAAGAUUGUACACCCGAAUAACAAAGACAUUAGGGACAUACCAGGAUUAGCUCCUCCAGCGCAAUCAAGGAAGCUAUUGUACUUGAGGAAUCAAGAGUAUAUGGGAAAAUAG